AUGCCGUCCCCAUUCUUCACCCGAAACGCCCAAGCCGAAGCAGACAGCCUGGCCCUCUUGCAACUCCGUCGCGACCAAAUCAUUCCGACAAUCCUCCGCGACCAUGACGAUGAGAACCAAGGUUAUUGGGAAGGCAAGGUCACCAAUACCCGCUUCGGCUCAUUCCCACACAGCACUUUGAUCGGGAAAACCUGGGGCUCGCAAGUUGUCGCUUCAAAAGUCGACACAGGCUCGCGUGGCCGCAACCAACCCGCCAAGCGCAAGGCUGAAGAGCUCGAUGCAGAGGGAACAACAACCGGCGCAGAGGAGGAGAGAAAGCCAUCAUUAAGAGCCCCCGUCUCGGCGGAAAGCGGGUUCCUACAUAUCCUCGCCCCGACCCCCGAAGCCUGGACCAUAUCUCUUCCCCACCGCACGCAGGUCGUCUACACCCCAGACUACAGCUACAUCCUCCAUCGUCUCCGCGCGCGACCGGGCUGCACAGUCAUUGAAGCUGGAGCCGGCAGCGGCUCAUUCACGCACGCCUCUGCUCGCGCCGUGUUCAACGGGUAUCCCGGGACUGAGGAAGCGACAAAACGGCAACGACUGGGAAAGGUAUGCAGUUUCGAAUUUCACGAACAGCGCGCGGCCAAGGUGCAGCAGGAACUCAGAGACCAUGGUUUGGACGGGAUAGUGGAGGCUACACAUCGUGACGUCUACGAGGACGGAUUUUUGUUAGGCGAUCCCAAGACCGGAAAAUCGCCCAAAGCCAACGCUAUAUUCUUGGAUCUGCCUGCUCCCUGGCUCGCGCUGAAGCAUCUUGAAUCAGCUCUCGACCCUGAAUCGCCCGCCUACAUAUGCACAUUCUCGCCCUGUCUUGAACAGGCAGAGCGUACAAUCCGCACUAUGCGCAAGCUGUCAUGGCUGAACAUCUCAAUGGUGGAAGUUGCCCAGCGUCGACUUGAUGUCAAGCGGGAUCGUAUCGGGCUAGAUACUGAGGGGGUGCGCGGAGCUACACUGUAUCCCAAGACCGUUGAGGAGGCUGUCGCAAAGCUUCGCAGUGAUGAACAACGUGCGAAGCUCAUCCGUGAUAACCGAGCGACCAAAGACGAUCCAAACUACCAGCCAAUUGUGAAAGAGACACCUUUCUAUAAAGAGAAGACCGAUGUCCCCUUAUAUGCUCAGGGUCGUUUGACGCAUCGAUCCGAGCCGGACCUUCGAACUCAUACCUCAUAUCUGGUCUUUGCAAUCCUGCCUCGGGCUUGGUCUGAAGAACAAGAACAAAAAUGCCGGGAUCAGUGGCCGUCCGCCAAGAUCGCUAAGCCUGAUGAGCCGAAGACAAGUAAGAAGCAACUGAAGAGAGAGGCUGCAUUGGAACGGGCAAGGCUCCGCGAGGAACAGAAGAAAUCGGAAGAAGCCCCACAGCCAGAAGCGGGAGAUAAGGCUGAAGAAAAUAUCGAGGGGAGCACCGAGGCAUGA